AUGCUGUAUGUGGUGAUAGAGGCAGAGAGGGCCCGGCUCAAGAAACUGUACAAAGAGAAUGAACCGAUAACACCGAAGUCUAAACUUAUCCCAGAAGGCAAAGGAGGAAGCUGGACUGAGCAGCAUGUCGUAAAUGGGCUUGGGCAACACUUCACCAAGGAGCCCGUCUCUUCCCACGCCCAGUCCCUGGUGCAAGAUUCAGAAUGGUUCAUGUUGAGUCCACAGGAGAAAUUGGCCUGGGCUAAAGUAUCAAAAGAUCCUAGGAUUGCAGAAGGUCAACAGUCUCCACUGGAGAAAAAAAUAUUGAAGCCAGUCACCUUUGAGGAUGUGGCAGUGACCUUUACCCAGGAAGAGUGGAAAUGUCUAGAUGCCAGUCAGAGGGUCCUCUACCAGGAUGUUAUAUCAGAGACUGUCAGAAACCUGAUGUCUGUGGACGGAAUCUUUCUGUCUAAUCUAGAUCUGAUCGCCAAGCUUGAGCAAGAAGAGAAACAGUGGGAAGCAGAUCUCUGUUCCCCGAAUGGAGAAGGCUUUCAUUCAGGAGGCAAGAAGGAAGGAUGCCAAGAACAGAGUCAGAGUUUGGGAGAUGAAGGGACUGUUGAGGACAAGAAGGCCUCCCUUGAUCACAGAGGCUCAGGCCCAACCUCUCCUCCAACUGGGUCCCCGGACAAGACGCCAGCAUUGCCAGAAUCCUGGGCUCGGCCAGCCUUUACCUGUCACACCUGUGGCAAGUGCUUCAGCAAGCGCUCCAGCCUCUACAACCACCAGCUUGUUCAUAACAGCGCCCAUUGUGGGAAGUCCUUCCAGAACCCCAAGGACCUCAGCUCCAGCCGGCGCAAGCAACUCAGGGAGAGGCCCUUCCGCUGCUCACUCUGUGGCAAGACCUACUGCGAUGCUUCUGGACUGAGCCGUCACCGCCGUGUCCAUCUGGGCUACCGGCCCCACGCAUGCCCCUUCUGUGGGAAGUGCUUCCGGGACCAGUCUGAGCUCAAACGCCACCAGAAGACACAUCAAGGCCAGAAGCUGGGGGCUGGAAACCAGAAGCAUAUUGUGAGGACUCCGGAUACCAGAGCUGGAUUACAGGGGCUGGCAACAGGGAACCACGCACCAGUGGCUGGGACCCAAGGACCCACACUUAAAACCAAGGGUCCCCAGACUCAGCCCCAGCCGUCAAUAGACAGGAACCAGGCACCUGCCACCAAGAACCUGGUAACCACUGUGAGAGCUCAGGCCCCAGUUAUUACGGCCCCGGAGCCUGUGACCAGAACCCCAGUCCCAGAGCCUGUGACCAGAACCCUGGCAGCCAACAUGCGAGCCACCCGGAUGAAUACCAAGUCCAACUCUCACCCAGAGAAGCCUUCAAGACGCAAGGUCUUCUCUUGCCCUCAUUGUCCCUUGACUUUUAGCAAGAAAACCCGUCUCUCCAGUCAUCAGAAGGUCCAUUUCACAGAGCAGUCCAACUGCUGCUUCCACUGUGGCAAGUCCUUCACUUUAUUCUCCGGGCUGAUCCGGCACCAGCAGACUCAUUGGAAGCAGAGGAUCUACUGUUGCCCUAUCUGUGACGUCUGCUUUGGGGAGAAAGAGGACCUUUUGGGUCACUGGGGGGGCUACAGAAGCAAGGGGCUGUUCCUGGGCAGUCCCCACAAGUGCUGGGCCAUCCUGGGUCAGUGGCUCGGCUUCUUUCCUAAUGCCUCUGCUGUGGCAGGGAAGGAAAUGGAUCUUUCUCCUGGAUCUAGACCCUCAGGAAAGGGGAGGAAGGGAGAGGAAAAGGCAUGCAGAAGAAAGAAAGAGAAGGCAGUGAAGGUCUUGGAAGGGAAAUGA